GUUAAACUACGGGCCAAACAUUCGGUCAGCGUCAAGUGUAGUGAUAUUUAAUAGCUCAUUGUUGACUGAAAAUGAGUUUGCGAGGCGUUGGUUUUCUCCUCCAGUGUUACCUAAUGUUGGCAGCAGCCAUGUAUUUUGAUCUCGGAGAGCAGGAGGAAAAGUGCAUCAUCGAGGAGAUUCCUGAAGACCUGCUGGUCACCGGUAAUUUCUUGUUGGAGCCGUGGGAUUUGAAGGCGCCCUCCCAAUCCGCUCACCUCGGCGUCACUGUGACAGUCAGAGAUCCAAACCAUGAGGUUCUGAUGACCAAACGCUACGGUAAAUUUGCUAAAUUCACCUUCACAGCUCACGCCUCUGGUCAGCACUACCUUUGUUUCCAAACCAACUCAACAAGGUUUUCUGUCUUUGCUGGACAGCGGCUGAAACUACAUCUGGACGUUCAGAUGGGAGAGCACGCAAUUGAGCCCAACAUGGAAAAGACCAAAGACAACAUGGAGACUCUGGAGUACAGCCUCAGACACCUCAUAGAUCAGAUGAUGUACAUCACUAGGCAGCAGGAGUACCAGAGGGAGAAAGAGGAGGUGUUUCGUCAGAUUGGUGAGGACACCAACAGUAAAGUGCUUUGGUGGGCCGUGGUGCAGACAUCUGUGCUGCUGUCGGUUGGUUUCUGGCAGAUGAAACGACUCAAAGACUUCUUCAUUGCCAAGAAACUUGUCUGA